GUGAAGGGCUUUUGGGAUGUUGACAAAUCUGGUGACAACAAAUCAAUCAACAUAAACAUUGAAUUUUUUUCAGUUUGCUAAAUUAAUUUUCCCAGUUCCUCUACUCGCCAUGAUGGCCAUCAAACUCCAUCAUUUGUUUCUGGUUGUUGGUUUUUUUACUUUCCUGUCCUUCAUCUUUGGAUUUGUAGCUAAUGUCAAAGCGGUAAACAGCCCUAUUUAGUACCAGACGAAAUGCAUUAUCAGAUGAAGUUUUCAAAAUUUAUUUCUUUCAUCUUACCUAGGGCCUUAAAGUAAUGUGUUAAUGGUUCGCGUCGAAUAGCGGUGCUCAAGUCGAUCGAUCUAAUAUGUGUUUUGUUUGAUUUUUUUUAAUAACUUGCAGCCUUUAAAUCCAACGCCUGUAAAAAGUAAGGAUGGUGUGACAUGCCAGAUAUCAUAUGAUGCAGCAAUUACAUGGUGGUAUUGUUCUGUAGGUUUUCUUGUUGCAUCCAAUGUGGUUGGGUCUUUUUCUUUCUUUCUCCGUAAUAGAAAUUAUGUUCCACCAGAGUUAUAUUGCUUACCCAGUGCGGCAGUGAUUAUGACUGGUGUAGUUACAACUUUUUUAUUAUCGCCAAUAAUUUAUAAUCACCUUUCACAAGACAAAGUACAUCAUGAUCUCAACUAUGAUUGCGCUAUAUUUGGUCUCCCUCAACUUGGUUUCAUGCUUUCCUUUAUUCCGGGCCUUUUGUGGUGUGCGUUUGCGUUUGGAUGCAUGGGUUUUUCAGAAGAUAAUGGUGUCAAUGGUGAUCAGCAUGUCCAGGGCCAUGACAAUGUUUCUGCUAGCCUUCCUUCUAGCGUUAUGGAUUUCAAUUCAGCAUCGGCUCCUCCUCAGGUUGCUGAUGAGAUUCUAUCCGUAGCCAUUGAUUUAGGCCAUGUUGUUGAUAUAUCAUCUCCAGCUAUUGGGAAGCUACAAGAAGAAGGAGGAGGAGAAGGGGAAAAUGCUGUCGUAGGUGUUGAAAGUGGUUGUUCUUCUUGUGCGAUAUGUUCAGUUGCUCCAGCAGAAGGGGCAUGCGUACCUUGUGGCCAUGUUGCUGGAUGCAUGUCUUGCUUGAAAAAGUUAACAAAUAAAAGAUGGGGUUGCCCUGUGUGUCGAGCUAAUAUAGACUGGGUUAUGAAGUUAUAUUAUGUUUGAGAUUUUAAACACUCUCCCCAAGACUGCAAUAACCAGUUUUCCAGGUUAUAAUAAAGACAGCAAGAGCAGAGAGAUUGGAAGAAAAGCGCGAGAUAAAUGAUAGUUGGAUGUGAUAUAUAUAUGAUGUAACGUGUGAUAAAAAUAAAAAGAUAGAUAGAAAAUUAAUGUGUAUGAAAAAUGUCACGACGGUUGAGUAGCCAUAUAGGAUGUGCCUAGGGUGUGUUGCUAAGAAAACAUCA